AACAACGAAAAACCGCCACCAGCUGGAGGUAGACUGAUUUUCCUCGGUGUUGGUGUUGGGCUUCUCUCUUCCUCUUCCUCUCUAAUACCUCAGUGCACUGAGUUUGCAGAUUUUUUUAUUUAUUUUUAACGUUUUUUAUUAAUUUCCCGCAACCAGUAGUGGGCGGCAAUACACCAUUUCCGGUGUUGUCCGCCGUAAAACACCACCACCGAAGAAGAUUAUUAAGGUCAGAUUGAUACAAGAAGUGAAGAUGCCGACUGCCUACGAGAGGUUCAAUUUGCACACCAGCCCAGAGAAGUUCUACAUUGAGGCCUGUGAUGAUGGGGUGGAGGCAGUUCUGGCCAUCGACAGGGUGUCCAAUGAGAUGACCCUGACUGGGAAGAAGGAUGUUCCGCCGUCAGCCAACACCAGGCCCAUCUGUGGCAUCAUGGGGACCGUCCGCCUGGUGGCAGGGAUGUACCUGAUUGUCAUCACCAAGAAGAGGAACGUGGGCAGCCUCUUGGGUCACGCUGUGUGGAAGGCAGUGGAUUUUGAUGUCAUUUCCUACAAAAAGACUGUGCUUCACCUCACUGAGAACCAGACGCAAGACAACAAGACAUUCCUGUCCAUGAUUAACAACGUGCUGACGACAGAUGGAUUCUACUUCUGCACUGACUAUGACCUGACCCACACCCUUCAGAGACUGGCCAACGUCAGCCACGACUUCCAGGAGAUGAGCCUGCUGGAGAGGGCAGAUCAGAGGUUUGUGUGGAAUGGAAGCCUCCUGAGAGAGUUCCUUACCCAGCCGGAGCUCCACAAGUUUGCGAUCCCUGUUGUCCAUGGAUUCGUCGUGAUGAAGCCGUGCCGAGUCAACGGGAAGAUCUUUGAAUGGAUCCUCAUAUCCAGGAGGAGCUGCUUCAGGGCUGGGGUCAGAUACUACGUCAGAGGUAUCGAUUCUGAGGGCCACGCUGCUAACUUUGUGGAGACUGAACAAAUUGUCCUGUACAAUGGAGGAAGGGCUUCAUUCGUACAGACGCGAGGCUCCAUGCCCUUCUUCUGGUCUCAGAGGCCCAACCUGAAAUACAAGCCCAAACCACUGAUCAGCAAGAACACCAAUCACAUGGAUGGCUUCCAGAGGCAUUUUGACUCCCAGGUCCUCAUCUAUGGAAAGCAGACCAUUCUGAACCUGAUCAACCAGAAGGGUUCAGAGAAGCCACUGGAGCAAGCCUUUGCCAAGAUGGUGACUGGCAUGGAGAACAGCAUGAUCAAGUAUGUAGCAUUUGACUUCCACAAGGAGUGCAGCGGGAUGAGAUGGGAUCGUCUGAGUAUCCUGGUGGACAAUGUGGCUGAGACACAAGAUGAAUACAGCUACUUCAUGGUAGACACAGAGGGGAAGGUGUUGUCCCAGCAGAAGGGGACGUUCCGCAGUAACUGCAUGGACUGUCUGGACCGCACCAACGUCAUCCAGAGCAUGCUGGCCCGCCGCUCCGUACAGUCCCAGCUACAGAGGAUGGGUGUCCUGCAUGUGGCCCAGCGGAUUGAGGAACAGGCCGAUUUUGAGAAGAUCUAUAAGAAUGCUUGGGCUGACAAUGCCAACGCAUGCGCCAAGCAGUACGCUGGCACGGGAGCCCUGAAGACUGACUUCACAAGGACAGGGAAGAGGACCCAGAUGGGUUUGGUGAUGGACGGAGUGAACUCUGCCAUCCGGUACUACAAGAAUAACUUCUCUGACGGAUUCAGACAAGAUUCCAUUGAUUUGUUCCUUGGAAACUAUGCUGUUGAUGAAACGGACAGCCCCACUCCACUCCGCAUCCAGAAGGACUGGAAGUUCCUCACGCUGCCCAUCAUCAUGGUGGUUGCAUUCUCCAUGUGUAUCAUCUGUCUCCUCAUGGCUGGUGACACAUGGACUGAGACCCUGGCCUAUUUGUUGUUCUGGGGCACUGCUGCUGCCGUCACCACUGCCGUCAUAGUCUUCAACGGCCGUGACUUUGUGGACGCCCCCAAACUGGUGCAGAAAGAGAAGAUGGACUGAACCUGUGUGUAUGUGGAAAGCAGCUCGGCCCAGCAUACUCCUAUACCUCUUCAUCUUCAUUCAACUCUUCUUCCUCUUCUUCCUCCCGGCUGCUCGAGGCUCGGACUCUGUACUUAACUGCUCUCCACGCUGUCGUCCUAGGGGGGGCAUCCCAAAUGGCACCCUAUUCCCUAUAUAGUGCACUUUAAUGGGGUGCCAUUUGGGAGGUAGCCUUAUAGUUUCUAUUGGGGUUUCUACUCAAACCCUGAACUCCAGUUUAUCAGGCAGCAAACCCACUGAAGCUGGGCUGAACUGUAGUCUCCUAUCAGACUCUCACACCUCCUUCACUUUCCAGGCCAUCAUCCUAUUUCACAUUCCUUAGAUCAUGGUGUAUAUUGACCUUAUGUUUCAUUUUGUUGUGUGGCGUUGGAGCGGGUUGGCGGUUGGCGUAGUCGGCCAACCGCGGUGACGGUUUAACCAACUUAAGGCACACACGGUUAUUACAGAGGUCUCAGAAAACCUGUCAUACUUCAGUGAAUUGCAGUAGAGAAUUCUUCAUUUUCCAUGAAGGCAAUUUAAAAACAAGAGAAUAUUCAUGUUAUACAUUAAUUAAUGUUUUCUUUGGUUUAACUUUUCUGUUUACUGUAAUUUUUAAAAUGCAAUUAUGUAUUUUAAACUAUAGGAAUCCACAGAAAAACGGUUGGCAUUUUCACAGGCACUAGAAUGACGAAUACAUUGUUCAGAAAGAUUACAUGUUUUGGUUGUCCUCUUGAACGUAAUAAGCCUUACUAAACUAAUUUAAAGAAGAGCUAUAAACUAGCUAGUUAUCCUAGAGAAGAAUGACGUGGUGGGGGGGAGAGUAUGUCUUCCUACUAUGAACAUAAUCAUGUAUAGUAUUUAUGAUUCUAUUUUUAAGUAAGAGUUUUGUGCUUCUCUUACCUUCUUAUUUUUGCACUUUGGGUGAACAUCUAAGAAGUUGCACAUAGUAUUUGAUCUGAGAGGUGUGAAAUCUUUCAAUAUUCAUUCAUUGUUGGUUAUAGUGGUCACUAUACCAGUGUUCUCCAACCCUGUUCCUGGAGAGCUACAGUCCUGUAGGUUCAUUCCAACCCUUACCUAGCGCACCUGAUUCUAAUAAUUAGCUAUAGUCUUCCCUGUGGCUCGGUUGGUAGAGCAUGGUGUUUGCAACGCCAGGGUUGUGGGUUCUAUUCCCACAGGGUGCCAGUACAACAACAACAAAAAAAUGCAUGAAAUGAAAUGUAUGAACUCACUACUGUAAGUCGCUCUGGAUAAGAGCGUCUGCUAAAUGACUAAAAUGUAAAUGUAGCUGGUUGAUCAGCUGAAUCGGGUUAGUUACAACUGGGGUUGAAGGUUUUCGCUUCAGGAGGGUAGCUCUCCAGGAACAGGGUCGGAGAGCCCUGCGCUAUACCGUAGUUGUCAUGUGGUGGCCAUUUUCCAGCUGUUUAUAAUAACCUUGUCUUGUCAGUGUGUUUUUAUAGUUGACGUCUCACACUAUUUUGGAAGUGUUAUGGUCUUGCUGAGUGUUUCCCCUAGCACUACUAAACCCUCAGUGGAUUGAGUUUGACACUCCUGCUCUGGAUCAGUGUUUUCCAAACCUGGUCCUCCAGGACCCCCCCCCAACAGUAAACCACUAUUAUUGUAACCCUUUACAAGCACACCUGAUUCAACUAAUCAUCAAGCCCAUCAAUGAGCUGAACGAGGUGUGUUUUUGUAGCCCUUGACAAUGAAACUGUUCUGUUGGAGGACCAGGGUUGGAAAACACUGAUUUUAGAUACUGCCUUUACAAGCUUGCCCCUCAAUGGAUGAGGGGGUGGACUAAAGAUAAUCAUUCCUUGUUCUCAUGAAUAUGUUUUGAGUAUGAUUUAAUGGGUUUUCAGGGUGUUUCCAGAUGUACUGUAUUCAUUAGAGAUUGUAUUGUAGACUGUUUGUUGCUAUAUGCCUAUCUGUGCCUGCUUUCCAGCUCGGAUUUCGAUCUUGCAUUCAUAAUACAGAAGUAGCUGUCAUGGUGUAAAUAUUCUAGAACGUAAUUGCAAUUCCAUUGCUCCUUUAGAAUGUGUUAUUGUAAUCUGCCAGUGAUUUACUACAAGCAGUUUUAGAGCUUUAGCUAAAUUGGAAUCAUGUUGAUAUGCUAGAACUGUUUUAUUCAAGCUGGGCAGUGGUAACCACAGAGGGGAGGACUAACUCAAGCUUGUUUACUGUGCUACCGUUAUCUGUGUUUCCAUGAACAUAUCCUUAUAAUUAUAUAUACUGUAUAUUUUACAUUAAGAUUGUAUGCUGAGCACUUAGUUGCAGAGACUAUACUAAAUGUAAAGAUCAAGCAGUGACAUUUUUUUGUUUCCUUUUUCUGGGUGUAACUUUAGAAGAAAUGUUUCCUGGUCUUUCGUGUGAGUCAACAAGAGCAUUUUAAAGGUGUAUGAUUUUCCUGGUGAAUAUUAGUUUUUUUUUAUGGGGAUUGGAAACUAUCUUGGGCUUAUGUUUUGAAAGUCUUUUAUUUUGGAAUAUGGUUGUUGUAUUCAUGAUUUAGUAGUGGAUAAUAUUCCCCCCCCCCUCUUUCUUCAUCACCAUUCCUUGGUUGUUAUUCAAAACCCUGAACAUUAAUUUCCUAUGACCAUAAUACAUUCUAACUGGACUGUGAUGUAGCCUGGUCCCAGAUCUGUUUGUGCUAUAAUGCCAAUCCUUGUCAUGACAAAUUUUGUUUGGCAUGACAAUGGGUGACCAUGGAAUUCGAAUGUUAGCACAAACAGACUGGAACCCAGGCUAGCUUUGAAGAUUCUGGCUAGUAAAUCAACUGAGGUCAGUUGUACACAUACCUAAAUAUGGUCAAUCCUCAUUUACUUUUUUAUUUUGCAAAUGUAAGUGGCAGGCUGUUACUAUGAAACUAGUUAUUUAUCGUCACAACGUGCUGUGACAUUGGUUUGCUAGAAAGACCAUAUUCCCAGUUUGAUGCCGUGUAACUUCAGAAAAUGUAAAAAGAAAAUGACAUCCUUCAAAAAUUGUUACUGAGUGGUUCAGGGAUAUGAGAGGAUCAGUAGCUUGCUGCAGUUUUUAAAACCUUGACAUCACAUGGUUAUACUUUUUUCAAUCUGAUUGGCUAUAACCUAAAGAAAGUUCGAUAUUUAACUCGCAAUGUAAUUUAGAGGCUAGUUGCAGAUGUCCAAUUUCAUAAUGAAUGGUCAUAUACCUGAAUAGGCUAUCCUGUCCUCUUGUCCGAGAACUAGGCGAUGACCUGGCUGUGAAUGCAAUUAUGUAAACUGUCAAUUGACACAUUAUUCCCCACUUUGUAAUUCCAUGUGAGGUUUAUGGAUGAUUUAUCAAUAAACGACUAUUGAAAGAAAAAAAUAAAA